AUGAUAAUCAAAGAGUAUCGUAUAAUUUUGCCCAUGACGGUUGAAGAAUAUCGAGUUGGUCAGUUGUACUCAGUUGCCGAAGCCUCCAAAGGAGAGACAGGAGGUGGUGAUGGUGUACAAAUUUUGGUCAAUGAGCCGUUCGAUCAACAUACAUAUAAACCAGAACGUCCCUUGUUGAAAGGAGACCCCAGGUUUACAACCGGACAAUAUACGCAUAAAUAUUAUCACCUUGCGCAUAAAGUACCUGGAUUUGUUCGUAUGGUUGCUCCGGAAAGUGCACUUGUCUUUAAUGAGUAUGCUUGGAAUGCUUACCCGUACUGCAGGACCAUCAUCACAAACAAUUAUAUGCAAGAAAAGUUUAAUGUGACUAUCGAAUCUCUUCAUGUGGACUCCGUUAUCGAUAUGGAAAAUCCUCAUCAGUUAACUCCACAACAAUUGGCUGAAGUUGAAAUAAUCUACGUAGAUAUUGGCGAUAUUAGUCCAUCUGACAAAGAUUACAACCCAAAUGAAGAUCCUACAAGUUUUCGAUCCGAAAAAACUGGUCGUGGACCCUUAGGACCUAAAUGGUGGGAGACUGGGUAUGAAGGACCGAUUAUGUGCGCGUACAAACUAGUCAUGUGUGAAUUCAAAAUGUGGGCAAUGCAAGGACGUAUAGAGAAAAUGAUUCAACGGCAAGAACGGCGGUUGUUUGCAAAUUUCCAUCGUCAAGUAUUCUGUUGGAUAGACAGAUGGCAUGGCUGGACAAUGGAUGACGUAAGAAAACAUGAAGAGCAUACAAAACAAGAAUUGGAAGAACAACGUAAAAUAGGUAGUCUACGUGGUCAUAUUACAGAAGAGUAA